AUCCUACUGCAGGAAAAGAAUUUAUGGGUUACAUAGUGGCAGCAAAUCCACUUGGACAAAUGUUAUUCUCACCUCUGGUGGGUUGGUGGGGUAAUAAAAGAGGGUCAGUAAGAUUGCCACUUUUAGUGACCUUAACAUUAUUUACUAUUGCAUCAGCAGCAUAUAGUAUUCUUGAAAUUAUACCUGGUGAUAAAAAGAGUUACAUGCUCAUUGCCAGAUUCUUUGUCGGUGUUAGUUCUGCUAAUAUUGCUGUAGCAAGAUCUUAUCUAUCUGCAGCUACAAAACUUUCAGAACGCACACAUGCAGUUUCUAUGGUAUCCCUAGCACAAGUAAUUUUUU